AUGACGCUGCCCAAGAUCUCAAUCAUCAUUUUGUUAUGCUGUGCAUAUGCCGUAGCGGAUUACUCGUUUCAUUAUGGAUUCAGUGAGUCAAACAAAACCGUAACUGAAAUCUUAAACAUCUUUUAGCUUCUAUCUUUGAUGACCCGUUUUUUGAAUUCACACUGGGAAAUGAGAGCCGGCCCAUAAAGGUAUUGCUGGACACAAAUCGGCAGUUUUCUUGGGUUUUCAAUGGAAGUUGCAACUAUCGAAACGCUUACUGCACAAAUAAUACGCAUGCUUAUACGUAUCAUGCAGAGUAAGUUUGGCUUCAGAAAGGAGCGUCGAGGCGUAGUUCCAAUGGCAUUUUUCCAAGUUGUCCACUAUUCCGUUUUCAGAAAAACAGGCGGCCGUGAGACGGACUUCUUGUUCAGGGACCGAUUCCGGAGAUACCGAGAUUUUGCCGGCACCCUUUUCGAGGACACCAUCAAGUUUGGCGAUAUUGAACUACCAGUAAAAUUGGGAGUCAUAACACGAGGAGACACGAGAUUCACUUUCAGAUAUGAUGGUGUUUUCGGCCUUGGAAUCGGUGAUUCGGAGACAAGUGUGGUCAAGGAUAUCAUGAAGAAACUAUCCGUAAAACAGAUCACUAUUCAAGAAGGUCAUUAUUACAUGAGUCGGGUAAGAAUUUACAUUAGUAGGAAAAUUAGACUUUGUUUUCUUUCAGCCCGGCAGGGGAUACGACUUCUGGUCUGAUGGAACAAUUACUUUCGGCGAAUACAAAGGCAACCUGUGCGAGGAAUUCACAUAUGUCGACGCAUUGAGUGAGGGUGGAUGGAGAUUCAAAACUGAGUAAGUUAGAAGGCACAACACUCAGUUGACAAGAUAAAAAGUAUCUUAAAUUACUCAAAGAUACAAUUUAUUUAUGGCGUACAUGUAUUUUCCAUUACAUUUUUAGUAUCAAAGUUGGGAAGGAGACUCUUAAGGAUCAAAUCGUCGGACUACUUCCCGGUCGUUACACCGAGGUUCCCGAUAAAAUACGCGACAAAUAUUACAGUGAGCAUUCCGCUAAGGACGAGAAAAAUUUCCAUGAUAUUGGAUUCUCGAUCGGAAACCAAACUUACAAAACGACCGCCAAACAAUUCUCUUGGUACUACGAUCCGGACAAGACUUACAGUGCUCGAAUUGACUCGUCGUAUCCAGAAUACGAAUAUGAUUUUGCGUUUGGCAGUGAUUUUCUCCAGAAAUAUUGUGUUGCCCUCAGGGUUGAUGACAAAUUCGAGAAAUACCAGAUUGGAUUCGCGCAGAAUAAUGACUCGGUUCAAGUUGUCAGCAGUAUUUUAUUGAUGAUCUUUGGCGCUUUGUUCACUCGCUUUUAA